AUGAUGAAGUGGUAUAUGAUAUCUGAAUUUCGUGGCCAACUAUACGGAUACCGCCGACUAACAAUGACCGAUACUCCUUCGAACACAGACCCACUACAAUCUGCAAUUGCUCCUGAUUUCAGCAGCGUCCCUACUCAAGCACUUGACGCGCUUCGAAUGAAGUUUUCUCAGCUUACUGCAUCAUUGUCCAAGAUUAGAGAUGAAAUGUCCAGGGCAGAACUUCCGCAAUGGUAUACUCUACAAGCGCAGUUAACGGUGACUCUAUCACAGCUCUCAUCACUUACAAAUACUUUAGACCACUAUGAGGAGACUUUGGAUGCGACAGUAGCUUACCCACUACCUUCAUUUCCAACUACUGCCCAUGAAGGAUUAAUCACUACGUUGAUGAGAAAAAAGAAUAUACCUGAAGUCGAUGAAUGGAUAAAAGAUGCCAAGGAGACUAACGGUUUAGAUGUGGACUCUUUGAGCGAUGCAGAAAUUAAAAAGUUGAUCAAUAAAGAUAAAGACAUAACCUCUUGGGCAACGAAAUGUCUACUCGAUGAAAGAGCAAAACAUUCAUAUACUGGGUUGUACACCACAAAGGAGCGUCAAACUGAAUCGAUUGAUGACAGAGAUAACCUGUAUACGUCUUCUGUUUCUAAUGUAAAGACUUCAAGACCUUUCAGCGUUGAUAAAGUCCUCAAAUUUGUCAAUCAGGGAGAAUCAUACUAA